AAAUAGAGCGCGCGUAAUGUUCAUUACAGCAUUCACGACCUUUCAAGUUUUUUUUCAUGUGUAACAAAUAACGUGAAGUGAUCUUAUUUUGUAUCUUAAAUUUGAGUUUUGCAUUCCAUAGUUUGAAUUUUGGAAAACCGAGUCAAAAACGCUCUCGCUACAAAAUCAAGCGCUGUCUCGCCAUGGCCGGCGUAUUUACGAUGUUGGCAGUUCGCCGGCUAUUCAGUAAAAAUAUCGUUUUAAGACAUUUGAAUGCUACUAAAUCUGUUUCGUGUUCAAGUGCCAGAUGUAUUUCAACAGUUGAAGGCGCCCAGAAAACUUACAAACCAAAUUUGGCUCUCCGUGUUUCUGAUGAAAAUGACUUGACUGAUAUAGAUAGGUUUCUGCGCAAACAAAGAAUUAAGGGUGCUUUGUACAGCCGCGACGAAAAUGAGCAGGCUACAGAACGUUUUUGGAGUCGGAUUCUAAAAGCUGGGGAUAUGGACUUGAUCGAAAGAUAUCUAAAUAUGAGAGUCAAAUUAGGACUUUAUAAUGACCCGGAAAAGGUUUUAAAAGAUAUGCAAGAUGCUGGAUUAACGCCUAACUCCUGGAUAUACGCCUCAUUUAUAUCUCAAAGUUGUGCUGUCGGAGAUAUGAAUCAAACAAACUUUUUCUUGCGUAUGCUCCGAGAUGCUGGAUUCAAGCCCAAUCGUUACAUUUUUUCCCAGAUUUUACACGGUUACGUGAAAGCCGGACUACCUGAGGAAGUUUCUUCUACGCAGGAGUUACUAUCUCAAAUAGGUUUGUGGCCAUCAAAGUUUGCAUAUGAAGGCCUUUUGUCCGCUUACGCUGAUAUUGGUGACAAAGACAGUUUAUUACGAACUCUAGACGAGGCUUACGCUGUACUCCCUUCAAUAGAUGACAAGACAGCAUCCCGUGAAAUCUCACAUAUUUUACUCUUGGAUCUGUACACAAGAUUAAUGUGUUCGUCGGCAUAUACCGAUGCAACGUGCAGUGAGAUUGCAACAAAAUUACUUACAACAGAUUACUUCCCGUUGGAGUUUGCUAUUGACACUGUCAAAGUACUCUUAGCGAAGGGACGUCCAGCUGCUGCUUUGGAAAUUUUCAAAAUAAUACAUAAGUAUCAAAAACAAAAUGAUCAUCUAUCUGCAUUUCCGGUUUAUGCUGCUGCUGGUGGUUUGGAUUACAAGGCACUAGAACCUUUCUGGCAUACAGCUAAUGUGGAUAGUAAAGAGCUGUUUAUGCUUAGAAAUAAAUGUAAAUUGUAUUUCCAUCGGAUUGGUAAAACAAACAGUAAAUUGGGCGAUCAAUUUCAAACCUGUCUUGAAGAGAACAACGUACAAGGCGCUCUUGAUUUAUUGAAGAACCUAAAUAAAACGAACAUUACAUUAGCAUAUUCAUUGUUUCUACCAAAAUUAAACCGCUCGGGGUUUUCUUUACAGGACUUAAUCAAUCAAACUCAAGAUCAUGAGAUUAAUAAGGCUUUAGUGUUUGGAUAUGUGUUUAAUAACCUAGCAUCAAUACAAUCAACAGACGAUUUAAAAUCACGUUUAACUAGCUGUUUGGAAUUAGUGAAUGAGUAUCGCGCUAAGGAAUUACUACCGUACAAUGAUGUUGUUCGUUUGGGCAACUCCAUUGUAGUUAAACUGGUGACAAAUAUAAUAUCCGUUUCAGAUAUGGCAGAAAUCGCAAAGUUGAAUAAAUCAACCGUAAUGCAUGACGUUUUCCGCAUUUUCAGUCAUACACUAACAAAACGUUCGUUACGUAUGCUGUACUUGCAAGUUUUCGAAGCUUUGAUGCUAUCCAACCUUCGUUCAUUUCAUGGCAUCCCAAAAAAUACUGUAAUUCAACUUGUAGCUGAUGUAUGCGCUCAUCAAAAUGUCACGUUUGGCUAUGGUGAUUGGAUAUUAUCAGGAUUGAAAGAUGCCGGUGUACCAAGGCACAUUGUGGCAAAACUUUCUUCUGAUCAAUCUGUAGAACUAUCUUCGUUUUCAGAUCUUAGCGUUGUGCUUUUUGGUGGGCGAACGAGCAAUGCAGUCAGAAGAAACGAAAAUGAAGAUUCAUUAGCUAAUCAGAUGAAGUUGCCUUCUGAAGAAUCAGUGCCAUCUGCCGCCGAAUCACUUAUUAAAGCACUAAAAGAUGAUCCUAAAAAAUUGGAUACGGAAUUAAAAUCUAUUGAAGCUUUAUGGAGUUUACAAAAGAAAUUCAUUUUAUUGAGCUAUCUCGUAAAUCUUGGAUCAAAAGAUCUAGUUGAACGUGUGUUACAAUUUUUGCCUGAAGAACAAAGAAAACAACGUGAACCAAUGAAAUCACUUGCACAUAUAAUAAAGUUAUCCUUAGAAAAUCAUAUGGAAAAAGAAUCAUCUUCAGAAAAUGUGAAACAGUCGAUUCAAAAUUUACAAAAUCUUUCACCUAAAGAUUUAUACUCUACAAUGAGGGGUCCACACUUAGAUACACUUUUCAGAUGUUGGCCAACUGAACAUAUUUCAGACUGUAUGUUAUGUAUUAAUUAAUUAUUUUAACUUGUAAAUUCAAUUAGUCACAAUAUUUUAUGGUCACUUAUAAAAUUUAUGCUCAUUGUUAUAAUGUUCUAUUCUCCACAAAUGCCCUGGUACGGCCGAGAGUGAGGAGAGUCCGCUCUCCCUCUCGAAAUGCUCUCACAUGGCCAUUCGUAUAUAGCCUCUGCCAGGGAAUUGCUACUCACUGCAUUAUCGUGGCGGGGGUGUUUACGAAAAUGAGAGGACGAAAAGCGAAUGUCCGGAUUCCAAACCAAUAGUUCACAUGGGCUCCAGUAUCCUGGGCGAACAAAUGGCGUAUGAACCAAUUGUUGGUCACAGUGAUGUUGGCUGACAGUUGUUUUGAGUUUCAUGUGUUGUCAAACUGUAAGAAUGCGGUCCCUGUUUUGCCAAUUCGUACUCAAAUAUUUACAUUAGAUUCUCCUUUUUUAACAAUGAUGCUGACCAGGUACGUGAAAGUUACCACCUCUUCCAGUGCUUCUCCAUCAAUUAUGAUUGGGUUCGUUGGUGUUCUCUAUGUUGUGUCUGAGGAUCUUAUGUUCUCCUCAGUGUAUGUCCAGGCCUACUGAUGCAGAGGUUGCUGCAGCUACACCGAUUGUCUUCACCUGCAUUUGGUCAUAUGCAUGAAAUAGAACGGCCAGGCCAUUUGUAAAUGCUAAAUAUGUAUUUAGUAAGGUGAACAAAUUAUUUGUAUUACUUUUAGAAAGAGUGAUGCGUGAGUAGUAAAUAAAAAAUUUGUGAAAAUUGUCAUAAGAAUAAAAUAACGUGAAUGUGGAUCAUAUUUGUAUACAUAUGAGCGAAAAAUAUAUAUAUCUGCUAAAUAGGCUUGUAAACUGUGGUUAUGCUUAAGAGGGGAAUCUAAUAUUUUUUACAUGCCAUAAGGCUUUUUAUCCAUAGCUAUUCAUAAGGUUGGUUUAGCCGUGUAUCCGUAGGCAUCUUUAUCUGAUAUCCGGGAGUAAAUCUGAAGCUUAAAAGCAUGUAUUUACUACAUAUUUCGGAAUUGAUGGUGUUGUUGACCUUUGUCGCCUUUCGCUAAACUUCAUUGGUAAGUCUAUCACUCCCACCAACAACGUACAUGCCAGUAUCAUUUAUUUCACAUUCAUAUAUGUCAUUAUCUUUGGAAAAGUCAUGUUUUUUUUAAUUUGCCAGAACUAGUUACAUUUAUUGCUCUGUUAAAAAAUAUUCAUAUCGUAUUUCCUUUUAAUUUUUUAUCAGUGAUUGAUCUCACGAAAAAGCUUUCCAAACUUGGUCUCAAUUCUGUCAAUUUACAGUUGGCUGGAGUUUUGGUUAAUCGUGGGCUGAGUAACUUUGUUUCUACUUUGUUGGAGGUAAUUAUCGUUAUACUUUUUAUGACGAAAGAUAAGUAGGGAGUGGUUUCACUUUGUCUUGUAUGCAGUUAGUAACUGGCAACAAAGUUACAUUGAUGUUGGAAUCUAGAUAUAGCCAGAUAUAGCUAAGCGAAAACCAAUCAGUUUUAAAUUUUGCUCACUAAAACACAUACACAACUAGCAGGUUCUUUGAGUAAACACGUUUGUAAAUACCUCAAAAUGGUAUGUCUACAUAGUUUGCGAAUGUGAGUUACUGUACAAAAUAUUUUGUCAUGAAUGGCCAUUAGUACGUCGAUAGUUAAUCAAUGUGAUAUAUUUUAUUCUAGUUACCUGAAGACAUUAUUGUGUUAAAUAAUUUUUCCAUCACUUGAUGAUAGCUCAGUUAGAGUUUAUCCACCUGAGAAUUUUCUUAUUCGAUAUCGUUCUUUAAUUAGAUAUUAUACUAGCAAUCCUCUCCUUAGUUAUUGUACUACAUAACAAAAAAAGAUGUAGUGAGAUUAUCACCCCUCUAGACGUGCUUGACUUGUUAAGAAUUAUGCGUUGCAUGUCAAAUUCAACUCCAUGUAUUAUCUUAUUCAUUUCUUAGUACUACAAACUUUUGUGGAAUACAUAUCAAUUGUUAUGAUAUAUGUAUAUAGAAGUUAUGUAUGUUACUGACCUGUCAUCCUAACAAAAAAACUACGGGAGCAAUAAGAAACCGAAUGAUUAUACUUUCGAAUAUUGUAAUGGUUUCCUAUUCCAACAGUACCAAUAAGUUUUUUACCUUAACACAAUGUGCUAGACACCUUGUACACUGAAUUCGUGUGGUAUCAUGACCAUUUUAACAAUGAAUAUUAAUUUGUCUUCAAUGUCACUUCUGAUUUAGAAUAACAAAACAGUUCCGUUUACUUUCUUGGUUGGCAAUCCACGAAAUUCAUUGACGAAAUCUGAAUUUCUGCCUUCUAUGGAGUAUCUAAAAUCUGUUGAUUCUCAACAUAUUCCUGGUUUUGUUGAUCAUUGUCUCCGCAAUGCAGGUACUAUUUCUAAAUAUUUUUGUUGUGGUUUGUCGCUGAGUUCACGGUAAACUCAAUCUCUUUUUUGUCGUUGUUACGUUACAUUGUACAUAUUUUUGACAAAUUCAGUAAAAUCGUAAUUAACAUAGAUUGAACAUAUUCAUGAGUUUCUACAAGUGGUUGAUUUCAGAAAAUUACUUUUCCAGCUUUCAUCAUUACAUCUUGGUCGAACGGUAGGACUAAAAUAUAUGCUGUUCGAUACGGUGUAUAUAAUACAACCAGUCAUCGAAAUUUUAUUAUCACUAAAGUUAAUAGUCGAUCAACAGGCUAUUAAGUAAAUUGAGAUCAUCAUAUAUAGAUAUCUGUCUGUCGUAUCAUCAGUGACCACCCUACUUUAAUUCACCGCACAUCACAUCUAUGUCUACAAUUAGUAUCCGCUAAUUCUAUGCAGUUGUGUGGAUUGAUCCCAGAAAUCGGUAUAUAGCCGAUAGCAAUUGACUAAUAGUAAUAAUAUUCAAGCGAUUAUUACGAUCUCAUUUUCCAUCCGUCAUCCAAAGAUAGAUUCUUUUAACUAAAUACAUUAAUAUCGUUGUCGUUACUUCGGUGUCAACAGUUCAACUUAAGUCGUCAUCUUACAUCGUAAUUCAAUAGACAAUUUCACUGACGUGAAAUCGUGCCGUUUAAAAUAGUACAUUAUUUGUACCCUUAAUAUAGUCCUGAUGUUUUUUUAUAUAAUUUCAGCUUUGUCGACAAACGAUGACAACUUAUACCAGUUAAUUCGUACAGUAGUAUCACCACCGUUCAAUAUGGAUCUUCUUCAAGUUUGUAUACAACCCACUCUCCAAGUUUUACACCAUCGUUUGGAAGUGAGCGAAAAUGUAAGUUCUGGCUUUAUGCUUCAUUUGUCUGAGUUUUAAAAAAACUUAGUUUGAAAGUAUCACUCAUUUUUGUAAUAUAAGCGUCCAUCACGAUUUAUUGAUUGCUGUAGAUCCAGUCGUUGAGAGGAAUUUUUUGUUUCGUAACUGGUCAGACAAACUUUUCCAAUAAUUUUUCUGACACCUUAACUUAUUUCAUUCGUUAAAUACAAAAGUACUCUAAAUGAACUGUUUUUCGUUCAUCUGCAGUGAUUUCGGUCGUUAAUUUAUGAAAACAAAUUGUGGCACUUUUCAAAAUAAAUCGGUCUAAGUAAAUGUCGCAGCAUUUUUACUCAUACUCUGAGAAGUUAUUAUUCCUUUUUAGUCGCUUAGCAAUAGUUUCUGGCUUGAAUCACGGGUUUUAAUCUUGAGUAUCAGGUCUUACUUUGUGCAACUGUUGACUGUCUCUACUUUCUAUGGUUAAUCUCAAAAAAUUGAUUUCUGUCUUUUUUCAUUGUAGUUACCAGAAGAUAUAAUUCAAGCUACUCAACCAGUUGUUCAAAAAAUUAGUGCAUUAAAAGCAAAAGCUUCCAACUGAAUCAGAAAGCUCUUGCCCCAUUUCUUUCUUCAAACUGCAAAAUUAUAGGUUUCUUUACGAAGGAUUUUAAUUGUCUUUAGUCAUCAUCGUGUACAAUAAAUUAUUACAAUCAGC